AUGCGCGAUGAGGACACUUGCUGUGAUGUUCUUUGCCUUCAGGAGCUGGAUGUCCCAGUGGCAUCUGUUGCCAGUUUUACUGCGGCGUGUCGACGCUACGGCCUGCAUGUCUUUAUGUCUGAGGCCAUGGACGGUUUGCACAGAACUGGCAUCCUAUCCAAGGUUCCUGGCAGGGCUUUGACUGUCGAGGGCAUUGCUGCAGUUCGUUGCACUUGUGCUCUUUUCGAAGUGGUGGCGAAUGGGCAGUAUGUUAAGAUCCUCUUGGCUUCGAUUCAUGCUUGUCCUUCUGAUCCGGCCUUGGCCCUCACAGAGACGACGUUGACUGUGGAGGCAUUAAGGGCCACGCGCCUCGAGUGGGUGCUCUUUGGCGACUUCAAUCUUGACCCUUUGCUUGACAAGGAAAUGAGCCAGGCACUUUCACAGGGACUGGCUUGGCAUUGGGAUGAGCCCUUUUCCUGUUGCCCUGCGACGAGGGGCAGUGGCAGGCGCUUGGACUAUGCUCUGGGUACCGGUCGGCUUUUCCCUGCUGGUGCUUUUCAAGCCUGGACUUUUUCUGACCAUGCCAUUGUGGGCUAUGAGGUUGAUCUUUCGGAGCCCUGCGGUGCUCGUGGUCCUGCUCGACGGGCUUUGUGCGCGGAGCCGGUUGCUGUGGACAAGUGGCGCAGUCGUUGGGGCGACGGGGCCGAGUUCUUGGGUUUGCUGAGCAGUGGUCAGGUUGACGAGGCCUGGACACUCUUAUCGGAUGCUGCCGAGGAUGUGCUUUGUGAGGAAGGCGUGCAUUCUUCAAGUGGUGAGCAUGGCUCUCGGCGGUCUCGCUCUGCUCCUUGGAAACCCUUUGUUGGCAGGCAGGGCUCGAAGGCGGCUCGUGGUGUCGAGUCUCUGGUGGUCGUGCAGCUUCGACGACUUCACCGUCGGCUUUUACACCUUCGUGCUAACCCUUGGGAGUCUGGGCUUCGUGCUGUGGUUCGUCGGCAACUUCGGCACCUUUCCAUGCAUAUUGUUGACCUCCGUGCUCUUCCGGCUCACGCUCCUGAGGCUGGUGCGGAUGCUGUUGGCGAGCUUGUGGCCAAGAUGGAGGAUGAAAGCUGCGCUCAUGCAAUGCAGUGUUGGCGCAACCGCAUGCGUGAAGCCCCUGCUUUGCUUCGGGCAUGGAUUAAGCGGCGCGCCAAGGAGGACAUUGUGGCUUCCCGACCUGUCCCUGACGCUGGCUCUCCUAUUGUGCAACAGGCUGUUCACCCUGUCCGCGUUGUGGCUGAGGCUGAGCAGGAGUGGAUGAGACGCUGGGAAUGUGACUCCUCUGCGUGCAACGUCGAUGCUGUUUCUCGGAUGCUUACAGCGGUUCCUUUGUAUCCUCCAUUGCGUGACUGGAAGCCUGAUCUCUCUGGUCCCAUGCUUUUCAAGGUGGCGAAGUCCAUGAAGGGCAAGGCGGCCGGGCCCGAUUCCUGGCGGAUUGAGGACUUCCUGCUGCUCCCGGAGGACUUUUGGCACGCGCUCUCGCUGCUGUGGGCAGAGGUCGUGACAAGUGGUGUGAUCCCUCGUCGCUGGUCUGAAGGCAGGGUCGUCCUCAUACCUAAAGCUUCCACGGGAAUGAGACCGCUGACGGUCCUCAAUGUGGCUUGGCGCAUCGGUGCCAAGGCACUGGCUGCUUCUCUGAGACGCUGGGCUUCUUCCUGGGCUAGCUGCCGAACUCUGGGCGGCAUCUGCCGGCGGUCGGUACGUGAUGUUUUUCUUCGAGUGAUCGACUCGCUUGAGGUAGAAGAGAACUGCUACGUGCAACAGGACCUUUCCAAGUUCUUUGACAGUGUGCGGAUUCCUCAGCUGCUUCUUACGCUUCAACGCUUUGGAGCUCCGCCUGCUCUGUGUGACUUAGUUCGGGGCUUCUACGCCUCCCACUGGCGUGUCUUCUCCUAUAUGGGCACCCAUGGUAAGCAGUGGAAGCGCAUCACCUGUGGCCUGGCACAAGGGUGCCCACUCUCACCUGUGCUGGUGGCUGUGCUCAUGGCGGCCUGGAGCUGUAACGUCGAGGGUGCUGGUGCUGGUGGGGCAGGAGGGGUGCACACGGCUUCGUUCGUUGACGAUCGCUUGGUUUGGAGUGCUUCGGCUGAGGCCUUGUGUGGUGCCAUGGAUAGGAGCAAUUCCUUCGACGAGGCCUAUCACCUGGACUGCGAUGUCUCCAAGUGCCACGUGGGCGUGCGCUCUGGAAACGAGGCAGGUGAAGCUUUGGCUGCUGCUCUUGGCUAUUCUGCAGAUGGCUCCCUGGACCUCUUGGGCGUGCGGUUUGCCUUGGACUCUGCUCAGGUUCCCGUGGUGAGCCGCUUUGUGAUUGCAAAGGCUCGGCGAUUGAUUCACGUCAUUGGGCUCACUCCGGCUUCUUUGGAGCUGAAACAGCUCAUGAUGCGGACGCUGGUGCUUCCCUUGGCUACGUGGGCAGGCGGCUUUGCUCGCAUCGAGCCCGAGGACCUCAGCGCGCUGGACUCUGAGGCCACGUGGCUGCUUGGCAAACGCAACGUGUGUGAUGCUGCUCGUGUUGUCCUUUGCGAAGUGGCUGGCUGGGAGUCUUGGCCCACCUUUGCUUACCAGCAGGCUGCCCUCCGGGAAGCGAUCCGUUUGCAGUCAGUUGGACCAGUGUGGAUAGAGGACGCACCUCUAACUCUUGCUGCCAGGAAAUGGUUUGACUUCUUGCCUGUCACCAAGGACGUUGUGCGCAGCCUUGGUUGGUGGCCCGACCCUGCCGGCUCCUUCCUCUACAGAAGUGACUCCACGGGCUGUGUGCGACAGUUUCAGCUAGGAGUUGACAACCGUGAUGUUCUAUUUGAGUGGCUUCGAGACCAUCAUCGACGACAGCGACUUGGCAGAUGCAUACGGGUAAAGACCUCUUUACGCCGCGAGCCUGAGCCGCAGUUGGCACAAGGCCUGGACUUGCCGGGCCCGCCUGCCAACACUUUGUGCCUUUUUCGUGGCCAUGUUGAGGCGUGGCGCUCUGCUCGAGACGGGCUUGAGCGCGCUACCGCUCUGGCUGGAGGCUGCACUCACUGGUACAAGCUGAAGCGCAGUUACGACAAUGGACUCGGCCCUCUGGAGGAACCACUAUGCCUAUGUGGUCUCAAGAAACCUUCUCGGCCGCAUUUGCUGUGGUUUUGCCCGUGUACUGCCACGUUUCGCGAAGGCAUUGACACCCCGACUACUCGUCUGGAGGAGCGGUUGCUCGCUCGCAGUGUUCCUGAGACCCCGAGGCCUCCGAUCGUGGUGGACUACCAGGACUACGUUGAGGACGUUGCUGCGAUCAUUGAUGAGAAGUUGUCUGCUUCCCCGGACUCCGUGUUGUUUGUCGCCACCGACGGCAGCGUGGUUGACACCGUUGCGGCAUGGUCCCUGACCUUUGAGGACGAGCAGUGUUUCGCUCAGGGUGUGGGUGCUGAGGAUCAGACUCCGCAUCGAGCAGAACUUGAAGGCCUUCUAGCCCUUCUUCGAGCUCUGGAUUUCUGCAGGGGCUCUGGCGUCCUGCAUGUCAUCUGUGAUUGCAAGGCCGCGCUGCAGGUUGCGGAUGGUGGGGGUCUCGAGCGCCUCAUGGCUGGCUUCUUCACCGCCCUUCGCGGCCGGCUUCGUGAUCGACUUGAUGUUCGACUUUGGUGGUGUCCGUCUCAUGGGAAAAGUGCGCCGGCGCGCUGGUUGUGCCCGCCCUGCGGCGAAGUCCGCGCUCGGAGAUUGAACGCCUUGGCUGAUGGGGCGGCUCGGCAACGAGCUGGGCUUCUGGCUGCUGGUUCUGCCAGGCAGCGAUGUGCAAUGUUGAGGAGGGCUGCUGCAGAGUGGGAGCGAACUACGCUCACUGCGCUGCGGGCAGUCGCCCGAGUCUGGAUGGACGCCUGA